AUGGCAUCGGUAUUCAACGAUAUCGUGCUGAACAUUACAUGGAAAGAUGAUAUCAAUGGAUAUUUUAGCAACCAGAGCUUAAACAAUACAGAUAUCGCCACUGACAUAGCAUCUAUCUGGACGCCAAGCGUCAUCCAGCGUGUAGUCACUAUUUGUGUGAUAAUGCUGCUCACUAUCGUAGGCAACUCUUUAAUUAUCACUGUCUUGUCGUGUACUAAAGGCACGCGCAGAAGUAGCCGGGUUAAUAUUUUCAUCCUCAACCUUGCUGUCGGCGAUCUAUUUGUGUGCUUUGUUACCAUGGCAACAGAAAUUUUGUUCGUUGCCUUCGGUGAGUGGGUGUUCGGCGAGGUAAUGUGCAAGCUGAUCGUCUAUGGCCAAAUAGUGACGCUGGCGAGUACCACUUUCAUUCUCACCGUCAUGAGUUUUGAUCGUUUCCAGGCGAUCUGUAGACCACUGAGCUUCAGUGGGUCACUUUCACGUGCCAAAAAAAUGCUGAUUGGUGCCUGGAUCAUGGCUUUUAUAUUCGCUCUGCCACAGCUAUUUAUUUUUGUCUUAGUUGAAAAAUCUCAGGACGACGGCGACGUGAGGUAUUAUUGCAAGAGCAACGGCUACACCGCGGAGUGGCAGAGAAAAGUGUACUUCACCUGGAUGACUUGCUACAUACUGGUCAUCCCUGCAAGCAUCGUGUCAUACUGUUACAUACGAAUUGUAUUUGUUGUGUGUUCACAGGGAAAAGACAGUGUAGUCAGUAGUAAGCGUUCUUUCAGGGGGAAACAUCGUACAAAGGUGACGGAUAAUUUUGCUAAAUCACGCCACGUCGACAUGAAAAAAAUUGAACGCAGCAAGAUCAAAACAAUUAAAAUGACCCUUUGUAUUAUCCUCGCGUUCGUCACGUGCUGGAGUCCUUAUUUUAUCGUUACCUUGCAGCAAAUAUACGGCAACGCGGAGGAUAUCCCCGAAGUCUCGUUCGUGAUCGCCGAGACCAUGGCACUGGCUAAUAGUGCAAUCAAUCCCAUCCUUUACGGCUGUUUCAAUUUGAAGAUACAGCGAACAGUGAUUACAAUGUGCUGUCCUGGAAGGAUUAAGUACAAGAAUACGCUACGCAGCGGUUUUACAACCACUGAGCAGUCGUAUAUGUCCGAAGACGGUCACUCUAGAAGGGUGAAUCUGAGAGGAAGUGACGUCCAGGAGUUAAGCGCUGGCUACACGCCAGUUAGAACCUCGCCGGCCAUGGGAGCACGCGGGGGUUUUCCGAAAACAAAAUCCGUCGAGCAUGUUGACUAUCGCGUAUCGUGUAUGUGA